UUUAGCUCAACGAAAUGGCAUUACCUCAUCGUUUUCCCUCGCGCAGGUAUAGACGUACAACAACAAACAAUACUACAGACGCAGAGCAAGCGAGGGAGAGAGAGUAUCAACUAUUCCAUAACCGCUACUCCGUGCAGAAAUUUGGAAAGCCUUUUUACGUUCCUAAAAGCUGAAUCACUUUUCCUGUUGUCUUUCAUCGGUUCAUCGCGAAGCUCCAUGGAUUUAUUCGGAAUCAGUUUACCUUUCUAAGUAGCCUACGGUUGCUUAUUGUGCAGUUUCCCCCCCUCAGUGACAUUUCAAAUAUCGGCGUUUAACGCGGAGCGAAGACAUUUUCGGGAAAGGCGAGCGAAAUCAGUCGGAGAUGGUGUUCUACAGAGACCGAGAGUCCGAUCGCCAACCGAUAUCCUUAAUACUACCACAUCUUUACUUGGGCGCUGAGUCCGACGUUACGCAGGACUGUCUUACGUCUCAGGGCAUCUCCUAUGUACUGAGUGUAAGUCGCUGUUGUCCCCAACCGUCGUUCUUGCCUCAGGCGCAGUAUUUCCGUAUCCCCAUCGACGACUCGCUCAGAGACGAACUGCUACCCUGGAUUCCCGAGGCACUACAGUUUAUUGAUGGCGCAGUGUCCCUGGGGUGCUCUGUGCUGGUGCACUGUGCGGCCGGCAUCUCCCGAUCUCCGGCCCUGACGGUGGCCUACGUCAUGUACCGGCUGGGGCUGGACCUGGACGACGCCUACAGGUUCGUGAAAGAGCGCAGGCCCUCGAUAUCCCCGAAUUUCAACUUCUUGGGGCAGCUGCAGUGUUUUCAGGGCACCCUGACCCAAAAGAGCAACGCAGCCAAUCAAAACGCUCGGCCCGCGGGAGCCCCAGACUCCCGCCCGCAGCGCACGAACGGGGACGCCGGUGAGCGUUCUGCCUCGGCAAAUCAGGACACGGAGACUGCUGUUGCUACGGGUAACCACUUUGUUUCUAAGGGAGGUGCCGGGGAGAUUAAAAGGCAUUCCGGCUGUGAAAAUCCUGGCCACGUCACGGGCAAUUUAAAUCAGGAGAAGCGCAAAGUUCCAGCUCUGACCCUGAACCUGAAACAAGAGAAACAGAACUUACCUGAGCUCUCGCUCUCGGACCAAAUCAGGACUCUCACCCUUAACCAAAGAGAGGCGUGCGGCCCUUCUGGAGUUGUGAGUCAAACUCAGAAUUCAGUGAAAAAAAGUCAGACCAGACCGAUACCAAAGCCGACACAACUACAGAUACCAUCAGCCACUGUGUCUCUCUCAGACAAACGCAAAACCCUUACGCUUUCGCUUACACCCGCGGGCUCUCAGGCACAAGUACACAAGAGCUCGUCGGACAGCGAUUUGAAGAGCACCAGCCAUCCCCUGGGUCUGGCGAACAGUUCCAAAACUGUCCAGAAGAGGGAGACAGAAUCCUCCGGCAGCACAAAGGGACGGUACAAGCUGUCCCCACCGAAUGUCUCCUCCCUUCCGUCUGGAAGGCCUCCGAGAGGAACGUGCCGACCGCGCGGUGAAAAAGCUCAGGGGAGUUCCUCCAAAGCUCAGAGGAAGGAAGAGAGAGAGAAUCGCCUCCUUCCUUCUUCCCCGCACGGCUGUGAUUAUUCCACUUCAGACCCGGACCGAGAGAGCUUCUGCAGAAACGGCCGCACAAAGGGGGAGACGCAGCAGUGGUGUAAUUCCUCAAGUCACCACCAGGAGUCUCCCGAAUGGCAGUGUGUCGCUGCAGUGGAAGCGGUUGAGGGCCUUGAUAGGAAGCAGCAUCCACUGUCGCCACUCAACCUGACUGUGAACAAGCUCUUUGACUGGGGUGGGAGAAUACUUAUGGGAGCACUGCUGGGACCAAGGAUUAAGGUCGGGCAGCCGGCUCUGCCAUACCAAUGCUGAGAGGAGGGGGCAAAGCUGGUCUGGAUUCAAACUGGCAACCGCUUUUGAGAUAUAACUUUUGUGGGAGAUCAACUGAGAAUUGUUUUGGAAUGGUGUGUGUGUGUGUGUGUGUGUGUAUGUGUGCGAGCUUGUGCAUGUGCGUAUUCUUUAUUAAAUCAUAAGACUGCAUGUAUACAUAGGAAUGUAUGUUUAUUUAUGUGACAUACACACACUGCUUUGAAGAAAUAGUCCACUGUCACAACUCCUUAUUUAUUCAGUUUCUUGCGUGUGGACAAAAUGCUUGAUUUUGUGGAUUCGUAUUUAUUGAUUGACAUCUCUUUAUUUAUUGAUGUUAUUUAUGAAUUGAUAUUCAGAUAAUGGUAUUUUUAUCACUGUUACUGCUUGUAAUGAAGGAGUAUUAAUUAAAGAUGGAUUAUUUUA